AUGGCGACCAGCUUCAGUUGCUCGGCAAGUACAAAGCUGACAUGGAUCUUCGCGCUGCUUCUCAUCCUGGCCACCAUGAUUCAAGUCCGAGCCCAGCCUCCUACCGCUGGGUUCGUAAACAUCGACUGUGGAUGGACAAACAGCAGUGCCUACAUCGACAACGCCACCAGAAUAGUGUACCGUUUUGAUGGUGAAUCUGUCGAGGGCGGUUUGAGCCAUGAAAUUUCGGAGGAGCUCAUGGCUGGCGCAGCAAAUGAGCAACAAAAAACCCUGAGGAGCUUCCCUGACGGCUCAAGGAAUUGCUAUACACUGACAUCCAUCGUUGGUAAGAAGUAUCUAUUGAGGGCCUUGUUCACUUACGGCAAUUAUGAUGGGUUGAACAAGACUAUGGAUGGGUCACCUUUUCUGUUUGGGCUCCACAUCGGGGUCAAUUUCUGGGAGUCGGUGAACUUGACAAAUACGGAUCCAUCAGACACCGUGUGGAAGGAGGUGAUCACCGUUGCUCCGAGCAACGCCGUGUCCGUCUGCCUGAUAAACUUUGGUUCAGGGACUCCCUUCAUAUCUGCGUUGGAGCUGAGGCCACUAGAAGAUACCAUGUACCCUUUUGUCAAUACUUCUGUGUCAAUCAGCAACUUUCAACGGUUCAGAUUUGGCAACGUCACCGACCCUAUCACAAGAUAUCCAACGGACAAUUAUGACCGGUUCUGGGAGAGGUGGCCCGAUACAUCCUACCCCUGGAUCAACUUGAACACGAACAACAAAGUGGAGAGCCUUGACAACGUCUUCAACGUGCCGGCGGACAUCCUCCAGAAGGCGUCGACCAUAGACACGAACUACUCCCACAUGAGUGUCAUCGUGGCAACGGGUCGCAAUCAAGAUGGCAAGAGCCUACAGCUUCUCCCGAUCUUUCACUUUGCCGAUAUCAACGAGAGCAACCUGAGCAGGAGGUUCGACAUCUACAAUGCCGAAGGUUUGCUGUUCCCAGACUUCUCCCCGUUGCGAUUCCAGAUGGUCAGCAAGUACAAGAGCGGGGAGUUCCUGCACGCCGAUGCAUUCUUCAACUUGAGCAAGACACCCAGCUCAAGUCUUCCGCCGCUCAUCAACGCUUUGGAGGUGUACUCGCUCAUUCGGAUGGAUAAUCUCACCACUGACUCUGACGAUGCCAAUUACAUAAAAGAAGUCAAGACGCACUACAGUUUGGCACAAAGAAACUGGAAUGGAGAUCCAUGCUCCCCAAGAGAGUAUUCCUGGGAAGGUUUGACUUGUGACUACUCUAAGAGCAACCAGAAUCCAAGGAUUGUCACAGUAAAUCUGUCUACCAGCAGACUGAGGGGUGGAUUUGCCAUAUCAUUCAUGAACAUGACAUCACUUGAAAACUUGGAUUUAUCACACAACAAUUUGACGGGAGCUAUUCCAGACUAUCAAUUACAGUCACUUAAAUUUCUUGACUUGUCAAAUAACAAGCUAGAUGGAGCAAUCCCUGAUUCUAUUCUUCAAAGAUUUCAGGCCGGUUCGCUGGACUUAAGAUUAGAAGGCAAUCCUGUAUGCUCAAACGUCAAAGAUACGUACUGUUCAAAGAAGAAGAACACCACAUCUACCGUGCUUAUCGCAGUGAUAGUUCCUGUGGUACUGGUAUCCCUCCUAGUAGUGAUGGGCAUACUCUGGAAGUUAUACCGGGAAGGGAAGUCAGGAGAUGAUGAAGAUUCUGCUAUGUAUGAAGAGGAAACUCCACUACAUAUUGAUAUCAGACGGUUCACGUACGCAGAGCUGAAGCACAUAACAAACGACUUCCAAUCAAUCGUUGGAAAAGGAGGUUUUGGUACUGUUUAUCAUGGCACACUGGAAAAUGACGAUGAAGUAGCUGUUAAGGUGCUUAUGGAGACAUCAAUAGCAGAGUCAACAGACUUCCUCCCUGAGGUGCAAACCUUGUCCAAAGUUCAUCACAAGAAUCUCGUGACUUUGCAAGGAUAUUGCCAAAACAAGAAAUGCCUAGCACUCGUUUAUGAUUUCAUGCCCAGAGGAAAUCUUCAACAGCUUUUAAGAGGAGGUGACUAUAGUUUGAAUUGGGAACAACGACUCCAUAUUGCACUUGAUGCUGCACAAGGACUGGAGUAUCUACAUGAGUUAUGCACCCCAUCAAUAGUGCACAGAGAUGUGAAGACCCCCAACAUCCUUCUGGACAAGAAUCUGGUGGGGAUAAUAUCUGAUUUUGGGCUUUCGCGGGCUUUUAACGAUGCUCACACACACAUAUCUACUGCUGCUGCUGCUGGCACUCCUGGGUACAUCGACCCCGAGUACCAUGCAUCUUACCAAAUCACUGUCAAGACAGACGUUUACAGCUUUGGCAUCGUGCUCUUGGAGAUCAUCACCGGACAACCCCCACUAUUAAUGGACCCUCAGACCGUCCACCUACCAAACUGGGUGCGCCGAAAGAUAGCUAUGGGAAGCAUUCAUGAUGUUGUAGAUAAGAGGCUGAUGGAUCAGUACGAUGCCAGUUCCCUGCAGAGCGUGGUGGACCUUGCCAUGAACUGUGUGGAAAACGCAGCCGUCGACAGGCCAACCAUGACUGUGGUUGCCACGAGGCUCAAAGGGUUGUUGCCAGCGGUUUCAAGUGAAAAGCAGUCUGUUUCUGCGACCCCUCGACGUACCUACUCCAUGGAUAGUGAAAUUCCAAGGCAGUUCCAGAUGAUGAUUUCAGGAGCCAGCAACGAGGGGAGCUCCUUCCAGUCUGGCUAUACCAAUGGGAUGUCACAAAUGAGCCUCUUAUCUGGACGGUGAAAGGGAAACGCCUACUGUGUUAUUGUUGCAUCGGCUUAGAUAAUGUUUUGUAAUUUGAUUAACUGCAUCGUCAUUGAUCGUUCGCAGAGUGGAAUUCAGUAAGUGUAUCAUUUUCAAUUUCCAAUAUUACUCGUUUACUACCGGUAAUAGUUUCCAGGCAUGUAGCAUCCCCUUCCAUUUGAGAACUCGGUGGUCGGUUAAUCGAUGCACGUACAUUGAAGUCCACACAAAUCCUAGGACAAGUGGUCUGCUUACACAUUACCGCUUAAGAAUUCCGACAUUCAUUCCCCAAUCUCUCUCGCUAGGCCGUGGAUUCAAAUCAAAAGCACUUGUUUGCUCUACCAAAUCAUCCAAGCAUCUUCGGAGUUUGUCAACUAUGAACUAACACAACAUUAUAUGACAUGGUACGCGAGUUGGCGCCUGAGGACCUGAGCUAUCAAAAGGGAAGAAAUGCAAUCACAUG